AUAUGUCCAUCCGACCCGAUCUCAACCUACGGUUUCACGGCAGUUUUAUCGUCAGCUGCUGCUCUUCUUGCGACAGAUUCUCCAGCAACACCUGCUCCCUUCGUUGCAAUGACCGAAGUUCCGACUCCAGCAACGCCCCUCGCCCAGCGGAUUAACGAGUAUGCAAAGUUUCACCUUCCUGAGCCAACAUACAAUCAUUCUCUUCGUGUCUAUCACUUUGGGCUUGCGAUCAAGCGGUACAGGUUCCCCGAAUGGGCCUUUACUGAUGAAACCUACUUCCUUGCCUGCCUGCUUCACGAUAUCGGAACCACCCAACCUAACAUGGAGGCCACCAAAAUGAGCUUUGAGUUUUUUGGAGGCUUGAAAGCACUGCAAAUUCUGCAGAACCUCAACCCCUCCUUUGUAGGAGGCUCAGUUCCAGUCGCCCCAAAAGAUCAGGCAGAGAGCGUGGCAGAAGCAGUCAUCCGACAUCAAGACCUAUGUGAGAAAGGUAAAAUUACAGCGCUCGGUCAGCUGCUUCAGCUAGCAACAAUAUUCGAUAACACUGGUUCCUAUGCCAAUCUCGUUCACCCUUCAACUAUUCAACAGGUUUCUGAUCAUUUCCCACGUUUGAAAUGGAGCAAGUGCUUCGCUAGUACCAUUCAUGAAGAGAGUCGGCUCAAGCCAUGGGCACACACAACGACACUUGGCGAGGAAGAAUUCGGUAGCAAGGUGCUAGGAAAUACUCUAAUGGCACCCUAUGAGUGA